AUCCUCCUCCCUCCCACACUACACCAUUCACAUCUUUUUCCCUCUCUUCUCCUCGCCAGGAUACUGGCACAGGAACCAGCUCCUUUUCUCUCUUUCUUUCUCCCUCUUUCUCCGUGACCAGCAAUGGCGUUGGAGACAUGCCUCAGAGCCUGGGCCCUGCACGCGCCCCAGGCCGGCAGCAGGGAGAGGCUUAGCAGCAGCAGCUACGCUCCGUCCAGGUCAAGGACCGCCGCCCCCGCCGUCGUCACGCCGUCCCCGUCACCGUCCGCCCUGGUGGCGCCGCGGCGGCCGUCUCGCUUCGUCUGCCAGUGCAAGAACGCCGUCGACGAAGUAAUUGUGGCGGACGAGAAGAAUUGGGACAACUUGGUGAUCGCGUCCGAGUCGCCGGUGCUGGUGGAGUUCUGGGCGCCGUGGUGCGGGCCGUGCCGGAUGAUUGCACCGGUGAUCGACGAGCUUGCCAAGGACUACGUGGGGAAGAUCAAGUGCUGCAAGGUGAACACGGACGACUGCCCAAACAUCGCGUCCACCUACGGCAUCCGGAGCAUUCCCACCGUGCUCAUGUUCAAGGACGGCGAGAAGAAGGAGAGCGUCAUCGGCGCCGUCCCCAAGACCAGCCUCUGCACCAUCAUCGAUAAGUACAUCGGCAGCUAAUUAAGCAUUCUUAAUUAGCGAUUAAUCGAGGACGUACACAUCAUUUCUGUUCUGUUCGUCAGACAACAUGUAUGUAUCUAUAUGGAUGCAUGUAUACGAUCCACCUG